AUGGCAGAUCUCCCGACCGCUAGGGUCACCGAAUCUCACGUUUUUUCUCACGUAGGCGUAGAUUUCUUUGGUCCCCUUUCCAUUAAAGAGAAAAAGCGACAUAAUCGUACAGCCCUCAAGGCGUAUGGGUGCGUUUUCGUAUGCAUGGCCACAAAAGCGGUGACCAUAGAGAUAACCAGCGAUUUGACCACCGAAGGUUUCCUAGGCGCGUUCGCUAGAUUCGUAGGACGUAGAGAAGAGUUCAAAUCUAAGGUGAAUGCCAAAGCUCUUUCGUUAGAUAUUCAAUGGCAUUUUAACCCGCCCUUAUCUCCGCAUUUUGGUGGUUUAUGGGAGGCCGCGGUAAAAUCAUUUAAGCAUCAUCUCAAACGCGUAGUGGGUGGGCAACUUCUCACAUUCGAAGAGCUCUAUACUCUCGUGAUAGAGAUAGAGGCAAUUAUAAAUUCUCGACCCCUCUGGUCAAUCUCUGCCGACCCCAAUGACCCAAUAGCGUUAACCCCAGCUCAUAUUCUGAUAGGUAGGCCUAUUACAGUUCUGCCAAGCGUUGAUUUAACAUCUAUUCCAGAUAAUCGACUGUCCAUUUGGAAGUUCAUCACCAAAGCCCGACAGGACUUCUGGAAGCGGUGGCAUUUGGAAUAUCUCCACGAGCUCCAGCAGCGUCAAAAAUGGCAUGACUCUACUGGAGAACUACGGAAAGGAAUGGUUGUCAUCCUCAUCGAUAAAAAUCAGCCUUGUACGCAGUGGCAGCUGGCAGUCGUUCAAGAGGUGCACCCGGGAACCGACGGACUCGCUCGAGUCGCCACCGUUCGAACUUCACGAGGGACUCUGAAGCGGAACAUCACUCAGCUGUGCCCUCUUCCCACGUCUUCAACGGAAGAAGCUGAAUGA